AUGGAACCCAGCGGAAUGAAUGUGGAUUUCGCGGUAACUGAGGUGCAACACGUACCGUUCCAGGAGAGUCACCAGGUCAAAUGUACCCACUCCGACUGUGAGAAACUCUUCGAGACCGACAAGGAGAUGAGGCGGCACAAGAGGGACAACCCGCAGCAUUUCUAUUGCUAUAAAUGCGAUGUGGACUGCGAGGAUUGGGAGGAUUUGACGAGACACAAAGUCGACAUGAUGGCUCCUUUCCUCGAGCGUAGAGUCAUUGCGACGGAUGACAACAAGCCGAAGCACAUCGUGUGCGAGUUCUGUGGCGAGGACUUCAAGAGCUUCGGUGGCAGGAAGCUUCAUCGGCAGCAGGCGCAUCCUGCUGACCAGGACAUCGAGUGUCCCGGCUGCAAGAGUCACUUCGUCCGAGCCGCCAACAUGAUCGUCCACAUUGAAGACAACGGCUGCAGUGAAAUCCGACCACACGAGCUGUUCCGUGCUAUCUGCCACAAGUUUGUCGUGAAGCAAGUGCUUCGCGCACCCGAUAAGUUCAAAUUGAGCCAAGUACCAGCAGGACCAGCAGGACCAGCAGUCACCGACGGAACCGAGACUCACGACCAAGACGACGGAGGUGUAUCUCUCCUUGACCAGGAAGAUGAAGCGCAAUUGGCGGGAUACAAGCCUCUGAGCAGCUCUUCAGACUACAUGAGCACAGCCUCACCGACUCCAUCGCGGGCAAGCAUGAACGUGCGACCAGCACCACCCUCUCAGGCAUCACUCACGCAAUCAAUGCGCAACAUGUCGAUCACCACCGCUACUCCGCGCUCAGUCUCGGGUACAAGUGCUGGUAGCUACGAUCAAAGCUAUCCGUAUCUGGCGCCCGAUACCUCCGGAGCGGUUCAAGUGUGGGCUUCAAGCAGCGGCAAGCCAUCGGCAUGGGGCACAUCUUCGAAUGCCUCGAAGAAGCUCUUCGCAAAAGCCCAGCCGACACCACUCCAAGCAGGAGACUGGAACGCGGUUCUCGCUCAGCGCGAAGAAGAAUCAUUGGCCGAUGAUGGCAAGAACCUCAUGAAGGCUCGCUGGUGGGAUCCGUCUUCCCAAGAUUACAAUCCAGACCUCUUCAAGGAUGAGAGUACCGGAGUCUACACCUGCCGUUUCCCUGACUGCAUGAGCGACGGCAUCGCAUUCCACGCUUUGGUCGACCUUCAAGAUCAUAUCACCAUGUUCCAUCUUCCAGGACACUUUCAAUGUCCGAGCUGCUUCAAGAGAUUCAAGAAGGCGUCGGCUUUGGUGGGCCACGCAGAGAAUACUCGGAAGUGUAACGUACGGGCGAGUGGUGGAUUCAAGUCGUUGAUCGCGGAGAUCACCGGCGGUCUGCUCGAUGCGAAGUCCGUGUCUGUUCCUAAGAUCUAUCGCCCAGACACGGCUCUGGUCAAGUUCGGCAAGGAGCCAACCCACGGCAUCAUGGACAACAAGUUCACGGCCAAGUCUUUCGACACUUAA